AUGGAGAAAAAAAUUAAUGAUAAUAAUUCUAGUUUAAUGCAUGAUUGGUCUAUUCACGCGCAUUUAAAAUUAACACAACAACCCAAUAAUAAUCUACCAUUGUCCCAGCAACCAUGUUACGGAUUUCAACGAGGAAAUAUUGUAUUUACUGCCCAGCCACCUCAAAGGACAGAUUCUGGUCUUGGCAGUUCAUCUCGUGGAUCAGCAUGUGAUUGUACUUUUAAUAUAGCACCUCAAUGUGAAGUAUGUUGUGGUAUAAGAAGUCCCAUGUCAGCUAGAAGAGCACAAAGUUUUACAGCACAUUUUUGUACCAAUGUUCCACCGAAAAAACAUCUAGAAACUGUGGAUGUAUCUAGUCAGACAUCCCCUUCUACUUCAACUGUCUUAACAAAGGAAAACACCAACAUCUUUAUAAAAAAUCGUAAAUUUGAAUUAGAUAAACAUAAAAAACGUCAUGCCAGGACUGUGCAUAUUGAUGUUUACUGCACAGAAUCUUCAGAUUCAGAUAAUACUUUAACAUCUAAAUCUACAGACACAUUACUUGAUUUAUCAGAUGUCAAAAUUAAAUGUAAAAAGGUAUCAAAAAAAUCUCAUAAGAGUCGAAGUCAAUCAAUAAUGUCAAAUAAAAGUAUGUUACAAAGAAGUCCUUGUUUGUCAGCAAUAAGUUCAACAAAUACAAUAUCCAAUUCUUCUUUUUACGAGUCAUCUAGUUGUGGUUUAUCUUCAUUUAUGGAUUCAACUACAUUAGAAAACAGUAGUUUUAAUAGUUUUGAAUCCGAAAAUAUACAAAAAAAAUACCAAUCAAAAAACAACGAUGACACAACAAGUAGUAGUUCAGAUGACGAAUGUUCAGAGACCGCCUGGAGUUUCAAUAGCAUUGGUUCUCAAAAAAAUCAAAUUCUAGCAAGACGCCCAUGGUCUAAGGUAAAAAAUACAAACGACGAUAUGGGCAGCUUUAGUGACUGUUCACAAUCACCCAUGUAUAGACAGCCAUCAAAUUCUACAUUUGUUAUGACUCAAGUUGCUAAAAUGGCAUCAAAGUUUGGACCUAUGAGAUCACCUGUAAAACAAGAUCAUCACGUUGGACCAUCAAAGAAUCCAGAUUGUUCCUGUUUUAACUGCCGCAGGUAUUACAAUACCAGACAUAGAUCGUAUUCCAUUGGUAGUGAAGCUGGUCAAUCAGAGAUAUUGACAUUGUUUAGAAAAUGUCUCUAA